AAAAACUUAUCACUAAACAAAAAAAAAACAAUGUAAAAUUUCAUGUUUUAAAAAUUUUCUAGUUUCUUUUCGUUAAAAACGAAAUUUUUACGAAUUUUUCGAUAACGCUAAUAAGAUUUUCACGUUCUACGGGUUUCCGCGUUACAUUUAUGUACUACGAACCACCAUCGUUCUUCAUUUUGUUCAUUUCCAUUUGUUCGGAGAUUUCUUUCUUCUUACCAUCAUGACCGAUAAGGAAAGCGUUGCAGAAAUAACAAAAAUUCUGAAAUCGGCGAGCCCGCAGAAAAAACUAUACCAUACUUUGCUGCAUAUCCAUUCCGAUGUCAUUCCUUCGGAAACGAAGCUGAACGAAUUCAAGGAACAUGACGGCAUUCACUGUGUUAUACAAUUUUUAUCGAAACCUAAUGAAAGAAUUUUGAAUAUUUCGCUGGGAAUAUUGGCCAGCUGCUGUGCUAAUGAAGACUGCUGUAAUAAGAUUCUAUCGGAAGGAAUAGAGAGCCAUUUAAUUACAAUUUUACGUUCGGUGAACGAUGACAGAAUACAAUACAGAUGUUUCAAGCUCAUUUCAAGUCUGAUUAAGAAUUCCAAUUUUUGCUCAACCAUUGUGUCGAAUAAUGUAUUACAAUUAAUGGCACCUGUGUUGGAUGGAGAUCCUUCGUUAUUUACCAAAGUUAUAGCUAUCAAAACUGUCCAACGUAUAUGGAUUGCAUCUAAUCUCAACGAUCGAAAAAUGGUGGCAAAAAGUAAUAUAAUUCAAAGCGUUAUUAAACACCUUUCUAGCGAUGAUAAGGACGUACAGAAAACCGUACUGAAAGUAAUAUACUGUGUUUCAAAGACUCGUUCCGAUAUAAUUUUGAAACAGGCUUUUCAAGAAGACACCUUGAAACAUAUAAUCUCGAAAACUUCUGAAUUUCCUAUGCUAAUUUUACCGAUAAUUAACUAUGUAAGCGUUAUGAGAUGUUUUUAUUUCGAAUUAGCUAAAGCUGGUGCUUUGGAAGCUCUUUUUGAGCAAAUUCGUGGAAUUAAUGUGGAUAGUUCUGAGACAGACACCGAUACUAUUUUAGAAAUGGUAUUGCGUUCUGUUCAGCGACUCUGUAUUGAACCCAAAUGUCGCGAAAAACUUUGCAGUAUUCCCGAUGCUUUUUUUAUUCUGCUCAACAUUAUCGAGAACUGUUCGCAAAAGAAAUUGAAGAAAUAUUCCAUUUUAAUUUUAACUUCGUUUAUAUAUGACGAUUAUUCGCUAAAGAGGUUGGUCAGACAACGUUUAAUUAUCGUACUAGCGAGUUAUUUACAAAUUAUCGUGAAUGAUGAGGGCUCGCCUCACGACAAUAACGAAUAUAAAAACGAAUGCCCCAAUUUAUCAAGCAGUCCAGCGUCAUCUGGUCGUACAAGUCCUUUGUCUGACUGCGAUACGGUAAUGGCAGUGUCCCCCAGCCCUAACAGUGAUCGAUAUGGAUUUUCCCCGGUGUACUCCGAAAGCAGCGAUUAUUCACCGGUUUACUCUCCAGUAAUGGAAGAAUCCGAUAACGACGACGAAGUUGAAGAAGAAUGCGAAAAGUUAUCCAUUGACGAUGCCAGUAGCAAGGCUGAUUCUCCGUUCCUUCCAGACGAUGAAGAUACCGUUAAACCAGCCACCGAAGAAAAGAUCUUCAAUUUAUUAAAACAAUUGACUUAUAUGGGCGUACCUUUGUACGAUUUAUGCGCUCAACGAACGUGGGAAACGUUUUUAAAUUAUUUGGUAUUAGUUCGCAAGUCGAACGCGCAUGUGACAGCUGUGUUAAGUUCAAUCGCUGGGAAUACAUCUUAUUUUCUUUAUUUGUUAAAAUCACAGUUUCCUUUAACUGUGCAUAAGAAAUUACGUCAAUCUGUACAUGUUGACUGUACUGUAUGUGGAGAGUUGGAUCGUUGUGGAGCGCAAAUCUUACUACGUUUUCUUAGCGUUGCAGAAUCUUCUUACGGCAAUCAAAUUAUUAAAAAUGAAUUAGGACAAAACUGCAGUCAUAAUAAUAAAAUGAUUUAUGCACUAAUGAUCCCACACAUAGUAAAAGAUCCAAAUCAUCUCGAAGAAUACUUCUUGCGGUACAAAUUACUGGAAUGUAUCAUCGAGAGUUUCAAUAACGAAGACGAUGAAUUCGCUUUGGAAGAAAAGGUUGCCUGUUUAUAUUCACUAGCGGUUAAUUUAUACGUAGAAAAUCCUCGUACACCUUGUAAUUUAUGUAAAAAAUGCGAUGUUGCCAGCCUGGUGAAAGAAGCCACUAUAAGCUUCUUGCUAGACGACGGCAGCACAGUUACCGCAAACAAGAGCUCGUUGUGUGAAAAAUCUGAAUUUUUCGAAGCUAUGUUUCGUUGUGGUUUCAAAGAAGCCAAAGAGUCGACUGUUCAUUUGAAAAACAUCACAUCGGAUUGCCUGAGAGCAUUAUUUAGGUUAUUAUAUUCGUACUGUGAUUGUAUAGUGCCGCGAAAUGUGGCCGUGCUGUUAGAAUUGAUUAUACAAAGUGAUCGAUUUUCAAUACCAGCUCUCCCUGAAAAAUUACUCAAUAUUACCAUGAAUAGUCGACUUAAUUAUUCCAACUGCCAUUUGAUUUACAACUGGGCAAAAGAACAUGGUAGUUUUUUACCAUCGUUCGGUGACUGGCCUAUUUGCGUUAAUGUUAUUAAGUAUAUUUUGGUCGCUGACGACAUAACUUUCAAUCAAAGAGUAAAUUCGUUUAAAAUGCUUCUGAAAAGUAAACAUAAAUCAUCCGUUCUCAAAGAUAUCGUCGAAGUGAUAGAAUGCAGAUUAAAAUCAAAAGAUAAUAAAACCAAAUCUGCGAGCAAAUUUUCUUCAGAAACCGUGUCAAAGAAAUCUAAAUUGACUUGAUGUACUCGUGUGUAUUUUUUUGUGAUACUUAUAUUUUACUAUCGUGUGUUUCUUCUUGUUAUUCGUUGAUGAUUAAUUUUUAUAUUACAUACUUUUCCAGAGAUA